CUUCGGAAUAUUGAUUUUGUUGAGGCGUUUUGCCUGGGUUUGGAAAACAUUAGGGGAGGACUGCCUUCAAACUAUUAUGGACACAAUCUGUUAACAUAUGUACACAUUUCCGUGUGACACGGUAGAGAAGUGCAUAGAGUAUUUAUAGGAACCGGCUUUUAUAACGCUAUCAGCGGACUCGAGCAAGUAUGGAAAUCGAUGGGAAUUCAUUGUUUGUGGAGAUUCACCCACAUCAUCAUGAAGCAGGAAUAGCAAAGCGACUGAAACUUUUUUGAUCAGUGCUCGGAGUGUUUUUGUUCUUUAUAUUUUAUAUUAUUUAUUUUUUUAAAGAAAAGAAAAAUCGGUGUGUUUUUAAUCAAAGACAAGUGGAAAGAAAUUUCAAGCGAGAGCCUGGGAGAAAAGAAGCUGUCCCAUGUAACGAAACGUAAUAGUUUAAGUUUGUUUUUAGCUAGUUUUAUAGAGAAUUUUUUGUAGCCCUAGUUUUUGUACAAAUACUAUAUCAUCAAUUGGGUGUAUAUAAGGCACCCGAUAUAACUUCUGAAGCCAUGUCUGAGAGACAAUUGUAAGCGGUUUUUAACAAGUGUUACGAAGUUGUUUAGGCAACUACAUCAAAGAUGAGGUCUUCUUUGGCUCCCGGUAUUAGACUGAUCACGUCCUUCUCAAGAGACAGCUGGUACCGAGGUUUCACCCUCUUCCUCACCUUCCUUUUCUAUACCAGCUACCAUCUCUCCCGGAAACCCAUCAGCAUCAUUAAGAGUCAGCUGCACAGAAAUUGUUCCACCCUCAUUCGACCUCCAAACCUCAAUGGAACUGACAAUGAAACCUGGUGUGACUGGGCGCCCUUUGACCAGGACAACUACAAGACACUGUUUGGAGCUGUGGACAACUCCUUCCUGGUUGCUUAUGCCAUUGGCAUGUUUUUCAGUGGGAUAUUUGGAGAGCGCGUGCCCCUGCGCUACUACUUGACCAUCGGUAUGCUUCUCAGUGGUCUCUUCACAUGUCUUUUUGGCCUGGGCUUCUACUUGAACAUCCACUCAAUAUGGUACUACGCCUUCUUCCAGGCAAUGAAUGGACUGGUGCAGACGACAGGCUGGCCUGCAGUGGUGGCCUGCGUUGGGAACUGGUUUGGAAAAGGGAAGCGAGGAUUCAUCAUGGGCGUCUGGAACUCCCACACCUCGGUAGGCAACAUCCUGGGCUCACUCAUCGCUGGCGUCUUCGUAUCUUCGGCCUGGGGCAUGUCCUUCAUUGUGCCUGGCAUCAUCAUCGCCUCCACUGGCGUUCUCUGUUUCUUCUUCCUGGUGGAGAAACCAGAAGAUAUUGGUUGCAGCCCUCCACAACACCAUGAGGACAAUGAGAAGGAGCCUCUCUUACAGAACUCGUCCAGUAAUGAGGAGAUCUUCAGCAGUCCUGGCCAGUCCAACUCUAUCCCCUCUGAGCCGGCAGAGGAGCACACCAAGGCCAUCAGCUUCUGUGGGGCCCUCAGGAUACCUGGCGUGAUGGAGUUCUCCCUCUGUCUUCUGUUCGCUAAGCUCGUUAGCUACACCUUCCUCUACUGGCUUCCUCUCUACAUUGCUAACGUUGCCCAUUUUGACCCCAAGGAAGCUGGGGACAUGUCAACACUAUUUGAUGUAGGAGGAAUUGUUGGGGGCAUCGUGGCUGGACUGGUGUCGGACCAAACUGGGGGCAGAGCCUCUACCUGCUGUGUCAUGUUAAUCCUGGCUGCCCCUAUGCUGUUCCUGUACAACCACAUUGGACAGCAUAGCCUAGCAACCACAAUCGGGAUGCUGUUGGUGUGUGGAGCCCUGGUGAACGGACCCUACGCCCUCAUCACCACCGCUGUGUCUGCUGACCUGGGGACGCAUGAGAGCCUGAGAGGAAAUUCUAGAGCAUUGUCAACGGUCACUGCAAUUAUUGACGGCACAGGGUCAAUAGGUGCCGCCCUAGGUCCUCUGUUAGCAGGGCUGAUCUCUCCGACGGGAUGGAACAAUGUAUUUUUCAUGCUGAUCACUGCUGAUAUCCUCGCCUGUUUGCUGCUGUCCAGGCUGGUGUAUAAAGAGGUGAGGGGCUGGUGUGGACACAGCCCCAGACAUAGAGGGUUCAAAGAAAUCUGAGUGGCUGCCUGGGACAAGAGACCGUAUCACACCUGCGAGGACGGGCGCAGGAAAAAUGACCCAGUAAUAAUCCCUGAGGCACACCGUGAUUCAUACAGUACUGGUCCUUUCAUCCUUCAGCCUUAAUGGAUCCAUACCUCGUCACCAGCGGAUGAAAGGAGCUGAAAAAGGAGGAAGGGGCCAUUGAUAUUCUGGGACCGUCUGACAAAGAGAACAUGUCCCUUCCUUAAGUGACCGCAAAGCUCUUUCUCUUUUAAACCCCCCAAAAAAUACACUUUAAAACAUUUUUUUUAUAGACUCUCUUAUAGCCCCUCUCAGUGCUGUGUGCAUAUUUCAUGUUUUAUCAUUACAAUUCUGUGCACACUGUGCCUUUCCCCAAUCUCCCCUCCAGUUGACAUCACUUACCAGUAUUGGGCAAGUUGAAUUCGGGGGAGCUCAUUUUGCACAGCCGAGGGAUGCCAAACUACAUAAGCAGUAAAGGAGUUUCAAGGUAAUCAAGGGCUGUGGAGGUGAAUGUUAUCACCAACAAAAACUCAACGGAUAAGUUUGCUGACUGAUCAAAACAAUUAUCAGACUGCACCAUCACAUUAUUCCAUUUGUCUCUGAUGCAAAUGUUUGUUAAAAUGUUUAUUGAUCAAUGAUUAGAAGUUAGUUUGUAUCCUCCAUGUGCACUUCGUUGUUUUGUUUUUGACUCCACCGCUCCUCGCCGGCCUCGUCAAAUUUUGAGCAGGGUAUGUGAUGAUACUGAUGGUUUGUCUGGACUAAACGUUUUUACGGUUGUGGCUAGAUAGAGUUCCCAAACUUUUUUUGGCCCACUUUUUGUGACCCCCCCCCGCCCACCAUGUAAAAAAAAUAAUAAUAAUUGCCAAACGGCCAACAUUUAGUUUUUUAAAUUGUCUAUAACCGCCUAUUACAAAUCAGUCUGACAGCACUUUUGACAGUAUUUCAAUCUGAAGGAAGUAUGGUUUGAAAUGACUGAAAUGCAUCAGCGGUAUUGGGAAGUUCAGAAGAUCAUCAGUCAAUAAUUCUGUGUAGAAAAGAAUACCAUCAUUGAUGACCCCUCCCCCAAGUUUGAUUUAGUUAGCGCCUAGUCUUUUGCACUCUGUUCUAAUGAGUCCUGCGUGGCUUGUGGGCAUUGUAGAGGAAAACAUACGUGUUCCUAAGAGUCUUAUCUUUCAGUCAUGGGGUCAUAAUAUUUUGUAGCUUAAGCCAUUCAAAAGAUAGAGCCACAUUUGUAGGAAGAAAACAGAAACCACUGUUUAUUACAACUAAAACUAGCAGCUUCUAUGAACUAAGCAAAAUUUCAGACUUUCUCUUGCGACCCUCAUUGGAAAAUGGUGGGCUAGAUGGAGUUCAGCUAUGGAGAGAAGUUUAUGUACAUGGCACGUUAGGAGAAAUAAUUUAGCAGCUUAAGAGAAUGAAGUUAAGGUUAGGAAAAGGGUUGGGCUUAGCUAAAAUGCAACGUUUGUCAACAACUGUUGUCCUCGACGCGACAUCUCGAUGGAGCUGUACUCCAUCUCGUCACAAUCGUAGGAACCAUCUAUCCCGACAAACCAUCGGUAUCAUAACAGGGGCUUUGACUUUUGCCGUCGGGCUCCUAAAUUGCAAGUUGAGCGCCAAUUCCUCCCACGCGACAAACAGCCAGGGGACCGAGCCAUGCAAAACGAGCUCACCCAAUGUUUUCACGUGUGUCUUUGAUUGUAAAUGUAUCCCUUUUAGUGGCACGCUACCUACUCUCCUACAUAUUUAUUUGGCAGAGAAGCUAAAAUGUAAUUUGGCUCUAUACUCCAGCUUUUUGGAUUUGAAAUCAAAUGAGCCGAAAAUACAAUUUUUUUAUUUUGGGGUGUUUUGUUAGUGGAAUUAAAUUUCUAUAUGUUUAAUACCCAAUUAAAUUAAUACACUCAGCCCAUUUCUAAGGGUUUGUAAGAAACUUAUUUGCAUAAAAUGGGCGGAAACCAGUCUCAAAAUUAAGCACUAGUGUUUAUUCUCGAGAGUACUGAACAUGAUACAAUUUACAACAGGUUAUAAACGGAAAAUGACGUCAUUAGGUUUCGAACUGUCCCGUCUCUCCCCCACUCCGGUACAAUGGCAGUAUAGUUCUCAAGCCUUCCUACAUCGUCUCCCACCAAUUUAGAUAAUUUAUGACCAAGCCAAGGUCUUUCUGUGUAGAUAAGCAUUCUAGCCAGUCUGACGAUAAGUUAAUUUGUUUCUUCCAAGGAACAGACAGUCAUUGUUCUAAUUCUUGAUUAUAAUUACACACACAUUCAAUACUAAGAUUAAAAUAAAAUUCAUACAUCUAUACAGUAACAUAAUAGUAUUCUGAUUAGUCAGUCCUGAUUGAAAUGUAUACAUAAUUAGUCAUUAUUGAUUAAAAAAAUCCCUUAACACAAUCUAGAAAUGAAAGCAUUUUAUGUAUCUAGUCCCCCCAUUUUUGAAGGUGUCACGUUUUUAGACAAAUUCACUUAGUGUAUUACAUUUAUUCAAGUUUAGUAUUUGGUCCCAUAUUCCUAGCACACAAUGGCUACAUCAAGCUUGUGACUACACAUUUGUUGGAUGCAUUUGCUUUUUUAGGUUGUGUUUCAGAUUACUCUCUGCCCAAUAGAAAUGUAAUGGUAUAUAAUGUAUUUUGUCAUUUUGGAGUCACUUCUAUUGUAAAUAAGAAUAUGAUAUGUUUCUGAACACUUCUACAUUAAUGUGGAUGCUUCCAUGAUUCCAGAUAAUCAUGAAUGAAUUGUGAAUAAUGAUUAGUGAGGAAGUUAGAGGCAUAAAUAUUAUACCCUAACCUCCCCUGUUAUUGAUAAUGGCUAGAGGUUAGAAUGUUUUAGGGGCAUGAUCGUUGUGCGUCUAACUUUCUUGCUCAUCCUUAUUCACCCUCAAAUAACAGGUGACAUUCUAUCUUGUAGGUUCAUAUAAGACAUUUAAUAUCAAAUCCAAAAUGCUGGAGUUUUGAGCUGAAUUUAAAAGUUUUCACUUCACUGGCCAAGUAAAAACUGAGGGGACCAGUGUCCACAAAUGGUAUUCUUUUUUUUCAAUUAAUUGGUGUUUCAUUCUUUGUAGAUAUUUAUUUGUUGACAUUUGAGUCAUUUCAAAGACACUCUUACCCAGAGUGACUUACAGUAGUGAGUGCAUACAUUUUCAUACUUUUUUUGUACUGGUCCCCCAUGGGAAUCGAACCAACAACCCUGGCAUUACAAGCAUCAUCCUCUACCAACUGAGCAUCCUCGCCGGUGGGCCAUGUUAUUAAAGUGAUAAUUGUACUUCAGGGACCCUCUGUUGCUUUGUUGUAGUCAGAGGCAUUGUUAGAGGGAGCGUAAUCUUUUUUAAGUUAAUUGAGGAGGGAUGCAGAUAGUUGUAGUGCCCCAAAUAAAGUCAGAUGUUAUACCAUGCAUAAGCUAUGCAGAGGGCAGGCUGUAUUAUGUUCCAAAUACAUUUAGAAAAAAUGUAAAUGAUGAAGUGUAGUGUAUAUCAGAUGUCUGAUUUAAGCUGAAUAAAUCUGAGCAUGACCAACUGUAUUUCAUUUCCUGAGAAGGGCAUGUUUUACUUUA